AUGGCUGCCUCUCCCUUGAAGAUCGUGACGGUCGCUGGCACAGACCUAACUUCGGUGCAUGGCCACCACCCAAUCAAUCGACAUUAUAACCUCAAUCACCUCCACCAGUUGCACCAUCAUGUUACGUUUAAUCUCGCCCCCCGACCGGCGUCUCCCACGCCGCAAUGUGGCACCAGCGACACCACAGACAGCUCCUUGCAGACAGUGUCCUCGGCAGCGGCAAACGCUGCCGCGGGAUCCAUGCCGACUCCCACGAUCUCAGCUGCUCGCAGGAAGAUGUCCGUGAUGCACACUGAGCCACUGAUGAUCGUUCAGGAUAAAACUCAAACAAACAUAAGUCUGAACCCAGGAGCCGCGCAGGAUCCCUCGGGGGCAGAGACGAAUGUGACGACGUUUUCGGUGACGGCGCCCACAUUCUCGUUCGAUCUCUCGAAGCAUAGCAAAGUCAUUUCUAACGACGGGAGCGUCGUAUGUUCCGUGGUCAGCUCUUCCUCAACGCCGUACGACGCCGGAGAUAUUCGGAGCAACGGUAUCCGCGAGAAAGCGGAGGAGAUCGACAUUGCUAAGCCUUCGACAAUCUACGGAGCGAUCGCCUCCGAGAUCGGUGGCCUCAUCGAAAAACGGAAGCUCUUGGAGUCUCCGCGGAAAACUUCGCCGAAAAAGAGCUCGCAGCUCAGUCCCAAAGAUCUAGAAGAACACAUAUCGAAAAUUAUUUCUCAGAACGCCGCCAUCGUCGAGACGGAUCCUUUGUAUCGGAAAGUAUCGAGAGAUUCUAAAGCUUCGACACGGAGAUUCAGUUCUUUCGAUCUUGGAAGGUCCAAGUUGCAGACAGCGCUCCUCGCAGGUGCGUGUGCGAACCCACGGCGCGUGUCCAGUGUUGAAGUCCCUGCCUGGUCGCGGGAAUCGAACCCCGAAGGUAGCAUCAUCAAGGAUUUGCUGCUCAAGUCCAGGGCUCCGUUCCCGCCGCCACCCGUCGCAGCUGACGCGAAGGAAUUCUUCACCUGUCACGCGUGCAAUAGUUCGUUCGGGAGCGUAGAGCACUUGCACGUACACUCCAGCAACCACUGUCCGCGAAACGCAGAAGCGCGCAAGGAUGAGAAUCACGUCUCGGUGAUCAAGAGAUCCGAUGCGACACCGCUGAAGAAACGAAAGUUCUCCGAGCCUGCCUACCUGUCUCCGAAGAACGAACAGCGGACGCGUGGAUUGAAUUCGUCUCUGAGUUCAACUCAACUCUCGCUUCCGGUCAUCGUGACGACACCCGCUCCGCCCGAGUCUGCGCUCCAGCAGGGCUCCGAAGCUGAAGCGAUCAGAUCAGCCUUUACCUCAACAUUCACGUCGGCGGGUGUCGCAUCGACGAGCGUCGUCAAUUCCGCCGUGACGAGUCCAAGCCACACUGUAGCCGUGAUCAAACCAGCGCGGCCCACUAGUCUGGAGCUGCCCGCGCAACCAAGCGUCCUUAUUGGCUCAAACCUAAUCAGUCCCGAAACGCCGCGGCCUCAGAAGUCUUUCCGGCAGACUUACAUUAAUGGGCACGCUUACACAUAUCUCGGCCUGAAGGUGUCGACGAGAUCAACGUAUUGCUGCAUCUACAGGCCACAGCCCAUGUUCGUCCUGCAGGAGACCGAUCCUCGCCUUUCGAUGUACUCCAAUUGGAUCAUGUUUCCUUACCGGGACGAGCUUCAAUUAGGUGUGGAACCAAUCGGACUGUUGGAAUGCACGGACCACCGGCAGUGGCGGCACGAUCAGCUCCAGCCUCUUUAUUCUGUGGCACCUCAUCUCAAAGGUCCGCGGAGUUCCCAGAAUACUCCGCUGCACAUGACCCACUCGUCAUACUGGUUAGCGAAGAUGUCAACGAAGAAGCAUUCGAUAACUUCGGACUACUCUUCAAUCAAGGACGAUCUCGAAAGUCUUCCGCCUUCCCGAAAGCAAUCGACAGUCACCGAGCCUGGAUCGGAGUUUGACUCGAGCUCAAUUUUCACGGACGAGUCGGCGGUCGAGGAGAUUAGCCAGGAUGAGGAGUGGCGUAUGGGAUCGGGAGAGAAACCCAAACGAGUAAAGAUCUGUGAAGGCGGUUACAAAUCCAAUGAGGACUACACAUACGUCCGGGGACGUGGACGCGGAAAAUACGUUUGUGAAGAGUGCGGUAUCCGAUGCAAAAAGCCAUCGAUGCUCAAAAAGCACAUCAGAACCCACACGGAUUUACGUCCCUACUUCUGUAAACACUGCGAGUUUGCCUUCAAAACGAAGGGGAAUCUCACGAAGCACAUGAAAUCGAAAGCUCACCACAAGAAAUGCGUCGAACUUGGUAUCGUACCCGUGCCGACCGUCAUAGACGACUCGCACGUCGACCACGAGCAACUAGCGAAACAGGAGCAGCAACGGAGAGAGCAUCCAUCGGACAGUGAAGUAGAUGACGAAGACGAGGACCAUGAGACCGAGUCAGAUUCGGAAGGCGAACAGAACUGUAGCAGCACGAACCAUUUUCUACAAGCUUCACAACAACAGCAAUCAUGCAACAAUAUCAUCAUCAACAAUAUUAACAGCCACCACAGCAGUACGAUCAAGAUCAAUAGUAACAGCAAGCCAGCUAAGGCAGUCAACGGUGCCACCAUGUUGACGGAGAAGGCGCUGCCUGCGUUGAACGCGGGGGCAGUUGCUCUCCCGGCCGCCGUCGUCGCGUCUCACCAUAACGGUUCUUCCAUGGGGACUGUUGACCUUGCACAGCUGGGUCUCACUCCGGCCAACAGGCUCUCAGAAGCUUUGAAACAGUCGCAAGGCAACGCAGUGGCCCGAGUUCCGGCCUUGGUGAACGGAGAAAGCGGACUGCCCGUCACGGAGUCAAGGGAGCAAGAAGCAGCCAGAUCACUUCUCGAUUUGGCAAAACUCGAUUGUAGUAGCAAGCAGCAAUCAUCGGCCGAAACCGGUGAGAGUUCCACCGAAAGUACUGUCGUUCAGGUUCAGGUGAACGGCUGCGACACGAGAAGACAAGACACGAGGAACAGUCCCCCAGUGGACAGAGCCGCUCUGAUGGAGCAUCAGGCUCGGAAACGGAAUAUCGAGGGCCCAGGUGUGGUUCGCAAAGGUGUCGAGCCGCAUGUCGCGGAACCUCCUCGGAAAAAAAGUUCUUGUGUGAGGACCCCCCAGGUCGAUACCAUCGAGGAAGAGAUCGCGGAUCCCACGCAAGGAUCCUACAUGGCUUUACAACCGCCAUCCUCAACUCACAAUCUGCCGGUCGAGGAUCCGAAGCAGAAUCUGAUGAACAAUCAGGCGUACCCGGUGCGUAGUCCCGUGCUCCUGGAGUUUCGUCCACGGUCGUUGUCGUUAGAACAAUCGCCCGUCGAAGGCAGGCUGGAUGCGAAUCAGCAGAGACUAGUCGCCGAAGGUGCGAGUCUUCCGGAUAGGAGACUUGAAAGGUUGUCGCUUCCGGCGGGAAUUGUUCGCGACCAGCCGAUGGAUCUCCGAGUAGGAUCGACACGCGCCAGGAGGCUGGAGAUUCUCCCCGGAGGGAUCGUCUCCCAGCCGCCGCGAUCGUUCGCUCGUGAGCCGAUGCCCCAGAUGAGCAUUUUCGGCGGCGCCACGAGCAGCAUGUCCGCCUCGGAUCGCUUCAACGUCGGUACCGAGAAUCCGCAUGAGAGUAGCCGACCGGUCCAAUGUUUGCCAUUCGAAACGGCGACCGACGGAAAGCUCGACGACAACGGUCAAACUUCCCAAACCCCCAUGGGACAGCAAGGAUUGUUGCCGCAGCAGCAGCAGUGUCAAGUAUCGCAGAGACAACCAGAGCAACAAACGCAGCUCCCCAGUCAGGAGCUGCCUCAGUUUAGUCAGGGGGCUUCGCAAUCAUCGGCUAACGGCUCUGUCGGGAUGACGUCGCCCCUCGUAGUGCCAAAACAAGAGUACAUACCCGAAGAAAGAGAUUGCGGUAGUCGGGAACCGGCUCAGAACGUUCCGCCGAUCCACGCUGCUCAAAACGCCGGUCCCGGUCCUUGGAAUCAAGGCAUUCCAACUCCGACUUCGAUCGGGAAUGUCCCGCUAAAUGUCCCGAUGAGCGCGGGGACAACGACGGGAGCUGUCAUUGGGGCCGAGGAGGGCAAGUGCGUGUGCAAUAUAUGUCAUAAAUCGUUUCCCAAAAUGUCCCAGCUUCGGAUGCAUGUGAACAUCCACUACUUCGAACGGCCGUUUCGAUGCGAUGCUUGCGCCAAGUCGUUCCGUACCAGAGGUCACCUUCAAAAGCACAAACGCUCGGUAUCGCAUUUCAACCGGGUGAACAUGAACUUAACCUUUGGUACUCCUACGGCUGACAACCCCCGGCCGUUCAAGUGUGACGACUGUAAAAUCGCUUUCCGUAUUCACGGCCACCUGGCGAAACACCUCCGCUCGAAAGCCCACAUUAUGCAGCUCGAGUGUCUGGGGAAGCUCCCAUUCGGCAUGUACGCAGAGCUUGAGCGGAGCGGAGUGAACCUCAGCGACAUCGACACCACAGACUGCGAGAACUCGCUCGAGAGUCUGCAGGUGUUGGCACAGCGUCUGUAUCAACAAGAGCCAUGCAGUCUCAGGUGGAAAGAGGCUGGCGGAUCGAAUGAUUUGGGCUCAGAGCCUGAAGACGACGGAAUCGAAGCUCCGCUUCCUCCCAUGCAGCAGGCCCUACGAGUUUUAGCUCCUGAGAACAUGGGUCCGCAAUCGAUGCUGCAGCCGCAGUCACAACAAGCUCAGUCGCAACCAGACCCCAUGUGUCCACAAGUCCUGGAUCCACAACCCUCUUUGCCCGCAACUCCACUGGCUUCAGCGAAUCAGCUUCCGAUGAUGCAACUUCUCGAAAACUCCGACUACGCUCAGCAUCCCCAUCAUCAGGGCCUAAUGGCUCCGGCGAUGUUGUCCCAAAAUGUAAUGAGUCAUGUUGCGCCGCACGGGCCCAUCUCAGCUUCCCAACAGCAACAACAACAGCAGAUUCUUCCCCAAUCGAUGCCGACCCAAGACAUGCCGCGUUCUUCUUGCACUUGUCAUUUGUGUGGGAAAGUGAGCAAGUCCGCCAAAUCGCUGCAGGUCCAUCUGCAUACCGAGCACGCGGACGCGUUACACGGCACCGCCUUCAACGCAUAUUGUUUAGAGAACGAUGCGCUGUCUUUGGAUAAUAACAACAUUUCUUGA